GGGAUCCUUUUCUCCUAUCUAUUCAGACUUGAUAUUGACAUCCUCCAAGUACAAUCAUUUCUGUGCACAAAACAAACUACCCACUUCAAGCAUCACGAUGGGUGCCUACUACGAUGAAAUCGAAAUCGAGGACAUGGCUUGGGACGAUGUCAAGCGCGUCUUCCACUACCCAUGCCCUUGCGGCGAUCGCUUCGAAAUCUCGAGAGCGCAGCUUAGGGAUUGUGAGGAUAUCGCGACUUGUCCCAGCUGUUCGCUGAUCAUUCGAGUUGUUUAUGAUCCGUUGGAUUAUGAAGAUGAGCCGGAUGAGGACGAUGAUGAAGAGGGCGAGAGCGCUGGAUCUGAGGAGGAGGACGAGGAGGACGAGGAGGACGAGGAGGAUGGUAGCUCCGUGGACGGAGAGUUCGUUGAUGCACUCGAGAAGCUUCACGUUGACGACGACAAGUCCUCGACUGCUGAUGCGAAGGAGGCUUCCGACCCUGUCACCACAGUCCCUGUCGCUGUGGCCGUCACCGCCAGCGCCUAAGUCAACUUACCCCCCGUACCAGCACACAUCUCAGCGUCUCAGCUGCACUCGACAUCGUAGACGAACGCAUUCACCGAUUCACCCUCCACCAAUGGGCAGUCUCGCUCGUGCCCUGAUCUACACUCUUCUCUGCGUCACCGUUCGUAGGAUCGAUAGCUAUCCUCUACUGGCCGAGUCAAUGCCUACGACAUACUCAGCGUCCAGUACUCGCCUACGAUUCCUCGCCCUUCAUCACGAGAGGACCGCGAUCACCGUGUCUCCAGAGUUGAUGACGAAGCGUCGGUACCCUUCCACCGAUCUACCUGUACAUGGCCUUGGGCGGUUCAGCCUGCAGGAUGUCGGGCGGUGAGGACGACUUACUAAGGGCCUGUGAAGAGGUGUCGGAGAGAAGACAUUGGUGGAGAGGUUGCACGAGCGUAGAGGGAGGCAGGUUCGGGGUCGUAGGUCGUUGGAUGUUGAGCAGUUCAUACGUCGUUUACGAUGCAAUGCAAUGAGGUUUUUACUGUCGCCAUACAUCACACAUAGAUUAUCGUGGGUGCUGUACGUAGGCGUUGUCCCGUAUACGAUAUAAAGC